AUGUUCGCCAGGCUAAUUUCACUAGGAUUUCUCGUAGAGGGCGCAGUUCUGUCCGACAGCCUACUGUACUUCGCCGCAUUCGUUUAUGGAAGAAUCGAAUAUAGUGCAGAUGCAAUUAAAUUUCAGGAGCAGCCGCUGUUCAUUCCAAAUUACAAACGGAUUAAGAACGGUGAAGCAGACCUUAAUUAUGUAAGGAACAGAAUCAAGCGAGGUGUAAUCCUGACGAUGCGGAGUGAUGGUACAGCAACGCAAGAGAGGCUACAUAUCCUACCCACUAUUACCAAAAUUCUCUUCUGCUAUGUUGACUAUGCCUGA